AUGGAACAAUCUAUUCCCGUCGCUUAUGAUCUCGCUUCCCAUCAUGCUCUUGGUGGCGGUUCAUAUGCCUUCAGAACCCGCUACCCAUUAUAUCUCAAAGCGCUGCUGUCUGAUCCAGGCAGACGGACUGAAGUCAACAUCAUAAUUCAGCCCAAUAGCCCAGCCCAUAUAGGAACCAUGUGCAGUCUUGGCCUUGCAUUCAUCCUCGCCCGCCGACUCCUUGAUGAAGGAUUGGAUGUUUCAGUCACUUGUGAUCUCUGGGACCGUGCCAAAGGCGAGCAAAUGACUAUUGACGGUAUCGUUUACCAGAAAAGCCUUCGUGACAAGGGGAAGUUCCAAAAGCACCUCCCGGGCUAUGUUCAAAUCACAAACGAGCUCGCUAGCCGGUACAGAGUUCAUCAUCGCAUCAGGAUGGAAGAGGAGUUCAUGAGCAACCCUGAGAUACCUGACGUCCUUCGCGAGGUGAUUGUCAAGCGAGAAUUCUAUGGCAAGGUCCUGGCACCGGAGCGAGGGUCACUUGCUAUUCGGGCUUCAUGUCCUGAAUGUGGAUUGGUGGAGAAGUAUGGUACUCGGAAUGUGUAUGCCGACGAUGGAUCGACCGUCACAUUUCAUUGUCCUUCACAUGGCCCUUUCACCUGUGACACCCAAACCGAGAGCAACCGAUUCCAGUUUAACUGUCAGCUCUUUAACCUUAUCCUUGGACUAUUCUACCAAAGAACACCUUACAAUUGGAUUGAGAUUUGCGGAAGCGAUUAUGCGGGAUUCUGGCAGGAACAACUACUAUGGCGAUUUCUAUCUAAGCCAGCAAUCAUCGUCUACACUCCUCUGAUCUCUGACUGGUCUGGCUCCAAGGUUUCAAAGUCGCUUUACCUUCAAGACACAGCGUACCAAUACUUGAAAGACUCUGGGCAGGAGUAUCUGUUGAACUAUGAAGUCUGCCGCCGGGAGAACAAAGAUCUCACAAUUUUGUGGAAGGAAGUCGAAUUGUGGGUUGAUGAACCCUACCGACUUUUUCGUGGCUACAGCAUUCAUUACUUACAUCUCUUGUUCGAAGGGCAAGCGAUUGGGCUUGGAACUAUCCACAAAUAG